CAUAUCUUGUAUUGUUUCAAAUCUUUAGUUUCUAAAUGGUGAAAACGCAUUUCCAUGUUUCUUCCGUCACCUCUUUCUUAAGUUAUCUUCUUGUCUCCAGCUUCUUUGUCAACAGUCUUGUCUCUCUACCUUUUCCUCGUCCGGACCAAAUUGAGCUCCUUCUGGCUUUUAAGAACGAGUUUCCAAUCCUCAAAUGUAACUUUGGAGAACGACCUGACUCAGAACCAAAGACAAAAUCUUGGACCAGCAAAGACGUUAAAUCCUUUCGUGGGGUUAUAUUUGAUAACGAGACUGGUGUAGUGAUGGAACUAAACCUAUUUGGUGCAUGUCUUAGUGGCAGCCUUAAUGCUAAUAGUAGCCUUUUCAGACUCCACCACCUCAGGUACCUCGAUCUCUCUUUCAACUACUUUGACUCCUUCUCAUUCCUCCCGGAAUUUGACAAACUCACAAACUUAGAGAUCUUGCAUCUUUCAAACUUGGGCUUAGCCGGGGAAAUUCCAUCCUCAAUAAUUAGCCUAAACCGUCUAUGGCACUUGACCCUUUCCGGUAAUGAGCUUACCGGCAGUUUUGCUCCUCUACUGAAUCUAUCAAAGCUCUCUUCUUUAUUUCUUUCCGAUAAUCUCUUUUCUGGAAACUUUCCUUGUUCUAUACUCACCAUGCCUUUUCUUUCAACUCUUGAUCUGAGACAUAACCAUCUCACUGACUCUCUUGAAAUUAUGAAUUGCUCUUCAUCAUCUAAGCUUGAAUGGUUAGACCUUAGAAAUAACCGUCUGAGUGGUCGAAUCAUAGAGCCUCUCUCAAAAUUGACUCACCUCAAACUCCUUGGCCUAUCUUUUCAAAAUACAACCGACCCAAUCAACUUUGUCUCCUUGGGUUUCGAGUCUUUAGAGAUACUGGAUCUUUCCGGAAAUAGUAUAUCAAAGCUUAAUACCAGUUUCCCAAAUUUGAAGAAACUAGCCUUGAAUAACUGCAGCAUCAGCGAGUUCCCCACAUUUAUCAAAACCUUACCGAAGCUGGAGGUUUUGGAAAUUUCAAACAAUAGACUCAAAGGAGAAGUGCCUAGAUGGUUAUGGAAUAUGUCUUCUUUAAAUUUAUUGGAGCUGUCUCACAACUUCCUCAAUAGCUUUGAAGGCCCAAAAAUGAUUAUCAAUUCAUCCGUUAAAGCCUUAGAGUCGAGCUCAAACGGUUUUCAAGGACCGAGAUUGGAGUUCAUGCUUGCAUCAAAUAAUAGUUUCACAGGAAACAUACCUCUUUGGUUGUGCAACCAAAGCUACCUACGCGUCCUUGAUCUAUCUCACAACAAUUUUAGUGGUUCAAUUCCGGGAUGCUUGAUUAAAUCAGUAGGAUAUAUGGAUCUCAAAAACAACAAUCUCAUUGGGAGACUUCCCGAGAUACUCAACAAAAGUGCCUCACUUACAACACUUGACGUUAGCCACAAUCAAAUAACUGGGAAGCUUCCAAGGUCUCUUACCAAUUGCAAAAACCUAGAGGUUCUAAAGGUGGAGGGCAAUAGAAUCGCUGACACCUUUCCGUUUUGGUUGAAGGAUCUACCAAACCUAAAAGUAAUUGUCCUACGAUCAAACAAGUUCCAUGGUCCAAUCUAUUCUCCUCAACAUCCUCUAUCAUUUCCACAACUCCGGAUGAUUGACAUAUCGCGUAACAAAUUCACCGGAAGUCUACCACAUGAUUACUUUGUCAAUUGGAGUAUACCCUUGAUCAGUAUUUCCCUAGAGGAGAGAGAGCCGCAGUACAUGGUAUAUAAUUACUCGUAUACUUUUUACCCAUCCAUGUUUUUGAGAAACAAAGGAAUAAACAUGGAGCUGGAAAAGAUCCUUCUGACCUACACAUCCAUUGAUUUCUCCGAAAACAAACUUGAAGGACAGAUUCCAGAAUCCAUAGGACUUUUGAAGUCGCUUAUUGUGCUCAACCUAUCCAACAAUGAUUUCACAGGUCACAUUCCAUCCUCAUGGGCUAAUCUCACAAGGCUCGAGUCACUAGACCUAUCUCGGAACCAACUAACUGGAAAAAUCCCUCAGGAGCUAGCAACUCUCUCGUUCUUGGAAUACAUUAACGUUUCGCAUAACCAACUUACGGGCCAGAUACCACAUGGCACACAGUUUGGAGGACAGCCUAGAUCAUCUUUUGAAGGGAAUCUCAAUCUUUGUGGUCUUCCUCUUAAGAGUUGCUUCAGUGACAAGGUACCAUCAAAACAAGAGCCAGAACCUUUAAAGCAAGACCAAGUGUUGAACUGGAAAGCAGCGGCAAUGGGAUAUAGCCCUGGAGUCUUGUUUGGACUAGCGAUUGGACAAGUCUUUUAUUCAUACAAACCGGUGUUGUUCUACAAGCUGUUUCGCUUUUGAAGUUAACUUUUCGAGUUUAGUUUUGUUGAAAUAAGUGGUAAGGUUUUUGUAAUUCUUCCCACUUAGAUAUGUAUGUGUGUGUUUAAAAAAACAAAAUGUGUUGUGAGUGAUAUCUAUAAAUUAUUUCAUGAAAUGA